AUGUCCAGGCAAUCGACUCCUGGUCUUGCCCCCUCCCAUCGCGCCCUUGCGAUUCUCAAGAAGCUGAGCUUGGUUGUAUUUGUGACAAGAAUGCUCAAAGGAGACGAGGACAAGGAGAGAAGAGAAAAGUAUCUAGGUUAUUACGAUACAUUUUGGAGCGGGCCCAAUGUCAGGAAAGAACUCGAGGCGUACGCGAAAGCAGACGAUGACUUCAGAUACGAGAUAUUACAAGGCUUCAUUCCUAAACCGCUGGUAGGGAAGGUUACUACGGGGUAUGGACCACCAUGGAAGCGCUCCGACACGUUUUUUACAGACUUUAAAGCCCAUUACCCCAGCGAACGUAUUUUGCAUGAGACGGACAAGUCACUCAUUAUCUGUAACCACGCUUCCCACGAUGUUCGGCUGUACAAAGAGGACAUUGACCCAACGGGGACCGAUAAGAGCCCCGCUGCGGGGAUGUCAUAUAUGCAUCUGCUGGUGAUUCCCGUUGCAAGAGUGUAUAACGCUGUUGCGUUAGAGGAUGGCGAUUGCAUCGAGGAGAUGAGGGAGCAUUUCAAGACGUUCUGGAGAGAGCCCGACUCCAAGGAGAAGAUCAUCGCCGCAAUCAAUGAGACGAUGGACCGCAGAUACAAGGAAAUUCUCACAGCGUACGACAAGGCUGAGGCCUCUGCAGAAACAUCCGAUGCUACGGAGGGCCACAACAACCCGUCAGAGGAGCGGCGGAAGCAUCUCGAAGAUGUGAUGGUCAAGUGCCGCCAAUAUGCUUCGCAGUGUGCGGAUUUGUUGAGGAAGAUGGACCAAGAAUAUUCCGACUAUAUGGGGUUCCACCCGCACCCAACUACUAGCGUUGGACAUCUACACAUGCACGUCCUCUUCAUGGACAGGCCUGAGUUUCGGACAAAUAGCACGAGUGCGCAUGACGGCAAGACUAUACCCGCUCGCGUGGUUCUCCGAGUCAUAAACGAGAAGAGGAAUGCAUCAGACAAAAAUCCUGAUACCAAAUCCCGCUGA